AUUCAUAAUUCGUGAUUCAACUCUUUUCAUCUCCUUACUCUUACCUUGACAGCAUGUCCGACCAGGCAGAACUUCUACCCCAACGUCGAGUAAUCGCUGCCCACAACGAAGCAGGCAUCGGCUCUGUUACAAGUGACAUCAAUGUUGUUACAAAGGAAUUGGAAUUUUCUCCAGAGACAAGGACUGGGCCGCUUUGGAAGAUCACCGAUCCGCUCCCAACGAAAGACAAUAAUAAAUCCGAAGAUGGAGCUACAAGACCUACCCCCGUUUCAGAGGGCUUCGGCUUGGUACCUGCGAAUGGAAGCUCUUUUCAGACGACUGAGCUAGCUCCCGGUGGGCUGACUCCCAUGCACCGCACAUCUUCGAUAGAUUAUGAUAUAUUACUCACGGGAGAGAUCAUCCUCAUCAUGGAAGACGGUAGCGAAACACACUUGAAGAACGCGGGCGACGUUGUCGUCAUGAAAGGCGCCAUGCAUGCAUGGAAGAAUCCCUCUACCACUAAAUGGUGUCGGCUCGUUACUGUCCUGACAGCCGCAGAACCCACAGUCGUACAAGGCAAAGUCUUGGAGGAGAAAAUAGUUUGACGAGAUAAUUGACCAGAAAUCAUCGGAGAUGUGGAAAGUAGUAUGGGUACUAGCAACCGUCACGAGAGUACCUUCAAUUGUUUGUUAUCGGAUUAGCCCAAAAUCUCCGAAACUGUCCUUUAAGCUUUACUCUUUACAGUCCC